CCACCCACUUUAGCUUCAUUGCUCUAGUUCCACAUGGGCUUGUGUGCCGCUGCCCUGCUGUAAAUCUUGCCAUGUCCCAUCAGCACGUGCUCAGCAUCCAUACACCUUCUGCAGUGAUGCUGAGCCUGCCUGCCUGGGACAGCCUGUCCUGCUGGGGAACAGCCUAAAGAGGUCUGGUACACAGCAGCUCCUGCUUCUCUUCCCACGUAUCCUCAGGCUGAAAUGCCCAGCACCAGACUCUUGCUGUGAACAUGCAGGACUGAGACCAGAUCACGGCUGAUGGCUCAAGGGAAGCCAUCCCUUCCGCCUGCCUGCACUGGGAACAGCAGACCCAGGGUUGAUCCCUGAGUUCAAGAAGAGGGAUGUGGGAGAAGGACCACCAAAGGCCAACCAAGUGCCCCAGAGCACCCGGCAGCACCACCAUGGAGCCCCUCUCCUUCCAGGAAUACAUCUGCUCCCUGGACCCCACCACCCUGCCGCGUGUCCUCAGGAUUUGUGCCGGUGUCUACUUCCAAGGGUCCGUGUAUGAGAUUUCAGGCAAUGAAUGCUGCUUGUCAACGGGUGACCUGCUGAAAGUCAUGGCUGUGGCACUGCAGAAGGUCAUUUGUGAGGACACGAUGACAGGACAGACAACAGAGCUGCCAGCAACUUUUAAGGGUCUUUUCCAACCUGCCCCAGCCCCAAGACCGAAGAAAACACUGCAGACACAAUUCCUGGAGGGUGGUCCACAUCAGGGCCUGACGCUGCACCAGGCACUGGGGCAGUGGGACAGGCGACCACAGCCCCUGCUGUGCCCUGCCAUCAGCCCCCAUGCCCUGCUCCUGCACCCCGUCUACGAGGUGCACGCCAUCAUGCAUUUGCGUCGGGACGUGGUGAAGAUCCCCUCCACACUGGAGGUGGACGUGGAGGACGUCACAGAGAAGGCGCAGCACGUCCACUUUGCCCGGUCGCUGCUGCUGAGCGAGGUGCUGAGGAUGGAGGAGGCGCUGCCGGCCCAGGCUGAGAUCCUGGAGGGUCCAACCGGCCCUGCCAUCUUUGAGAGCACCUGGGUGUCGCGGCUGCAGCGGGGGCAGCAGCUACAGCUCCACAGCUGCUCCCAUGCCUGUUGGGUCCUGGCCUCGGCCCCCAGCAGCAGCCGCCAUUUCCUCCUCUCCAGUGCCUACCAGGGCCGGUUCCGCCGGCGGCCCCGGCAGUUCACAGGAGUGCAGGAGCUGGCAGCUGGCCUGCAGCCUGGCCAGCGGCUGCACGUGGUGGUGACGCAGGACUGUGAGGGCCGGGGGGACAACGUGCCCCCACUCGGCGUGGGCGACCGGCUAGAGGCCCAGGGGCUGAAGGGGAAGGGCCCCAAUGCCCGGUUGCUCUGCCACCACCAUGGUGGGGAGGAGGAGGAAGGCGAGGAGCUGCUGCUGCCUCUGGACCUGGGGGGCAGCUUCGUGGAGGAGAUGUGUGACAGCAAGAAGUAUGGGCUGGCAGAGCUGCUGGAGCGACAGCCACUGCCCUGCGAGGUCCGGGUGGUGGCUGCUGACCCGGGGCUGGAGCGGGACGUGCUGGGCACACUGCCUGCCCUGCGGCUGGAGGCCCGCCUGGACCAGCCCGUCCUGGUGGGCAGCUUCUGCCAGGAGCCGGCGGAGGCCUUCGAGAUCCCGCCGCGGUGGCUGGACUUCUCCGUCAUGCUGAGCGAGGGGCCCGUCCACCCCCUGGCCCCCGGCACCCGCCGAUGCCGGGUGGAGGAGCUGACUGAGGCCUUCUACUACCAGCUGCUGGCCCAGCUGCCUGGCGCCCUGGCCCCACCACCCCCACGGCCCCCCAAACGGGCGCAGGCAGGGACAAGCCCUGGGGGACGACAUCCCUCGAGCCCUGGAUCCUCGUCGGUAGGCACCCGCCCGGCUCUGUCACUGCCGCCGCUUCCAGCCCUGCCCCAGCCAAGCACUUCCAAACAGUAUGGCCAGCGGAGACCUCGCAGGGACACAGGUGAGGCCCCUGACACAUUCCAGGCCCUGGCCCCUCCACAGGUCUCAGCCCAAAGACGCACUGCCGUGGCAGGAGGACAUGGCCCCCCAGCAGUGGCAGCGGGUCAUGCUGCUUACGGCCACCCCCUCUCCAGGGCUGGCCCACGGGGGCCUGGGGUAGGGAUGCUGAGCAGGGGACAUGUGCACCCCCGGCAGCCAGGCCCCCACAGGGGCUGCACCUCCCCUUCCCCUUGUCCCAGAUGCAGGGGAGGACCCAUGGGUUGGGAGCACCCACAGGGUCUGCCCCAGGCCCUUGUCCCACGUGCCAAGGGAACCCCUAUGGAGCUGCCCCAUCCCCCUGUCCCACAAACAGGGGGAUCCACGAGGAGGCCGUGUUGACCCCUUGUCACACAUGGGGACCACGGCAGGAGGGGAAGCAAGGCUUGACCUCAGUGGUGAUGUCAAGGUGAACACCACCGCCCAGCCUAUUUUCUCUAUCUGCCAUCGAAGGGAUGAUCGUCCCCUGCCUCCUGAGAUGGCAGGGGACCCGUGGCCCGCGAGGUUGGUGUCUGCAGGGGCUGCCACCUCACCAUAAGAUGUCCCCCCACCCCAGGUCCCUGCCAUGUCGGUGGGGAAGGCAGGGGUUCUCCCCUGCCAGGAUCCUGUGCAAUAAGUAGGGUGCGUGUCUGCAGGCUAUGCCUUCCCUUCCAGGCACAGAGAGCGACAGCGCUGAACACGAUUACGAAACUGUUGAUGACGACAUUCAAAAGACAAUCCGCAAAAUGCAGGCAAUUUUUCCUUUCUAGUCCUCUGGUUUCUGGCAGCCACCCAAGCCUCCAAAUCUUCUGAGACCUUACGUGACACUGGUUCCUUGCAGAGGCUAAAUGCAGCCCUAGGGAUCCACAGCACAACCUCCCACUGCCUCGGUCCUGCAGAAAGGUGCCCUCUUCCCUCGGGACAGCCCCAGGCACAGAGUAAAUCCCCCUGUUGUGCUGUGGGCUGUGUCCUCAAGCUGUCACCCAUGAGACUCUGCCAGCACACAGCUAGGUGGCCACCAAGAUGCCAGCUUGGGCCCUGGGACACAGAUCUCUGCUCUAUUACCUGGGCAGCUGGGCUGGGAUACCCAGAUGGAGAUGCUUUGGAGCCAGCAUGUCCAGACAUUGUUUGGUACAUGGUGUGAGGUGGGGUUAGGAGACAUGACAAGGUACUUCACACAGCUCAAGCAAUGCCCCUGCUGGGGCUCAAACUGCUGAGUGACACAUCUAUGCACAUCAAAAACUCACUUUCAUAAGGCAGAAGCUGCAUUUUUCUCAAGUACAGCCAAACUCGCUUCUCACUCUGGCCUAAUCUCUCACCAAAGCUGUAGAAAGAUUGUAAAAACAUUGUGGCUUUAGGUUUUUCUGGCUUUCUUAUCUGUUUUCAACUGCACCUGCAACUGGAAGCAUCAUUUGUCCUAGACCUCCAUGGUCCCCUCUUGCUUGUGAGCAUCCUGGUUAAAGUCUUACAGAUUCUUGGCACCUACAAAGACCCCUGCUGCUCUCAUAGCAUUGGAUGCAAAAAAGGACUUGAAAACCAAGUAAGGACCAAAGUUCAACUCUUCUUUUCCUGGAAGUUUGGCAAAGCUCCAGGAAAGUGGCAGAAAGACCUCAUAGUCCUGAUGUGAUUAAGGGAAGAGCUUACAAGAGAAGAGCUUUUAACUCCUGCAUCACACCUUGCGCUCCUUUCACAUUGGAGCAGGAAAAUAAAUUUCAU